AUGGGUGGACGUAUGUUGAGUUUCCGUCUAAAGGGUGGGCGUCAAGCAGCAUACGCACUCUGUAAGAACACUAAAACUUUUACUUCGACCGAAUCAUUGGGCGAGGUUGCAUCUCUGUGCGAAGUACCUGCAGGCAUGACCCGGGGGUAUCUCAAAAGAGGAGCGCGAGAAUUCGGCUGCGGUAUUGAAGUCACUCAGAACUUCAUUAUCGAUGUCCUGCAGGCCAGAAAAACGGCUGUCAUGGCUACUAGCAACGGCGUUCUCUAA